AUGAUACCUGGAGACUAUAUUCUGACCCCCACCUUGUUGCCCAACCUGCUUCGCGCAUCCAGGGCGGCGCUAUUUCCAUCGAAUGCUCGUCCAAAUCCACCUCCCGGCCAAGAAUCCGAUGUAAAUCGCAUUUCGACGCCGGCUCUGCAGCCUCCGCAGUUGUCCGUGCAUCCUCCGACUCCCCCUCCGGAACAAGACCCUGCUAGCGAUGCAACACCAGCAGCCCCAGGUAACGCUCACGCUCACGGUAGCACCCCUGCUCCUCCUCCUGCACCUUCCGAUCCUCCGGAUCAGGCGCCCUCCGCGCCAGAGAUUGCAGCCAUAAAGCGAGAAUGCGCGGCUCGCAUCCUCUCACUCGUUCCCCGGCCAGUCGCACGGAGUUUCUUUGGCGUUUCAGCCGGUAACUCCGGCUCUACGACCCCUAACGGCUCCCAGGGAAAUGACGCGCAGCAGCAGCAGCAUUCAUCCCGAGCCUCGUCGCCUGUAUCCACUUCGUCUAACGACGCGGAGGAGGCGCUCCUCCUGGAAGCAAUUGAGCGUGAUAUCCUGGACCUCUUUGCGGACGAGUAUUGCAACAAGCAUCUAAUCUACUCCAUCAUCGAAAUAGUCCUGGUCAAGAUUCUGCCCGAAUUGUCGGAACGCAGUGUGGCGGAACUGAUGGAGGACAGGGGCGUCGCGUUCGUCACACAUGAUGCCCCAGCAUAA